UAGCGUGCGCCUAAAUCAAGUAACCAAAAAUAUUUUGUUCAGUGCAGCUUCGAACUUUUUUACUUUAUUUAUUUAUUUUAUUUGCUUUUUUGUUAUUGUGCUACAAUUUAAUUGUAUUUUUUUUUUUUUAAGUGAACAAUUGCAAAAAUACAACCAAAAAGAAUGCAAAUUUUAAGAUCGAAACAAUUGUUGGGACUGCUUUUAAUCGGCAUUUCGUUAUUGCAACUGAGCGUUGCGACGUCGAAGGAUUCUGGCAGCGAUCUAAAAGAAUCAGAUGUGCCACAUGUGCGACACAAGCGAGGCUUCUUUUGGGACUUUUUUCAAAAGAUCGCCAUAACCAAAAACCUAAUUACCGAUCAAUAUGCAGACACACGGAAUACUUUAAAUGACAUUUACAAUACAGUGAACGAGCAGUUUAGCGAUCCGGGGCCAAUGAAACCGACUUCUCAACCGAGAUCAACAACAGAAAGAGUGUCUUCCAGCGACGAAGAGGGCAGCGAUCUGCCUUCAUCUACGACUGAGGGUUUCAGCAUUUCCCGCUAUGAGCUCGGACGUAUUCUGGGUCGCAAUUUCCGUGGCAUCCAACGCUUGGCACAGACCGAAUUUCAAGAGGCGCUCAAUGCAACACACUAUAAUUUAAAAGAAUACAAAGCAGAGGCCGAUAAACAGUUUGCUAAUAGUUUGGCAGUGGAAAAGAAAAAAACUCUAAAAAGUCUAAAGGGCUGAAGGGCGAUUGACUCUUGAUUUUACUACCACUUCAAAUAUUUUAUAAUCAUUGUGAUAUGCUGGAAAAUUAAUGCAUUACUUUUGUAAUUUAAGCUUAGUUUGUAUGGUUUUUUUUACGUGUACAUAAUACAUUUUGUUUGGUGACGAAUAAAAUACGCUGAAAGUUAGGUGUGGUAAAGAUUUCAUUUCAUUUGACACUUGUCGUUACUCUCUACUAUUUUGCGUCAAAUUAAAAAGUUUUCAGUAAUACUUAAUUUUAUUGAUAAACUUAUAAAUACAUACAAUAGCAUCAGGAAUACAAUAAAAGUCUUAAAACAUGGGGCAACAAAGCCAACAAAACACAACAAAAAAAAGUAACCAAAUGUCAAAAAAGAUGAAAACUGAAAGCAGAAAAUGGAGAAUAGAAAACAGAAAACAGAAAGCAAACAGACAGCCAAUAGGAAAAGUGUCCUAGGGAAAAGUUGUAAAGAAAUAUAAAAAUUGUUUUUCAAAAUAUCUUGACGCAAACAAACACAACAGCGAUAAACGCACACAUACAGCGACACACACACACACACACACACCUCGCACACACUACUCGCAAGUUACUUCUGAAAUCGAAGUAAAGUUGCAAACAAAUUCAUAAAGCAAAGUGACAACACAAAGACAGCCCUUGUGGCAACUGCAUGCAACAAACACAUAGCAAAAACCACUAAAAGUGUCAUAAUUCGAUGCCCAUGAGAUGCCUGUCUCGAAAGUACGUCGGCCAAAAACUUUUGCGGCGGUAAUGAAUGCCAGGCUGUGGCUGUUGUUCUUCCAACUUCCAACUUCCAGCGCGUAUGAGAAUGAACCCCAACGCCGACUUUUAUACUUACCAUACUCUAUACUUUAUAUAUAUGAAUGACAUUGUACCAGACCGCAGUCAUCUCCCUUCCGGUUUUAUCCAAUGUCUACUGUCAGCAGUCUGCAGUCUGUAGUUGCAGGUUGCAGGGUCUUCAAAGUUGCACAAACAACUGCCACCAACAAUUGUUUCAUGCGCCGAGCGAAUCUUUUCUCUUUGAAGGUGUGCUGCUUAGCUGCUUCACUACAAUUAGAAUUUCACAAAAUUGAGUCAAACAUUGUUUAAUGUUAUGUGUUUUGAGUCAGCACAUAGCUUCAUUUAGACGUUGUCAAAGCAUCUUUCGCAUGGCUUAGAUAAAUCAAUUGGCUUUAGAGAUAUGAAAACUCAGUUAUAUAAACACAAAAAUUAAAGCAGAUUACGUUUUGCAGCUUGCUGCAUUUUGUUUGAACAAUGCCAAUCACAAUCUUCUUAAUUCCCAAGCAAUGUUUUCUAAAUUCCCAAACAAUGAAAACAUUCACACUAUUACCAUAAAUCAAUUUUAUUUUACUGUGUAGCAAGUCUUCUCAUUUACAUAGUUAAAAUAAAGUGAUGAUUAGUAUAAAUUUUCAGGCGGAAAAUUUUAUUAGCUGUGCCAAACAAAAACUGAUGUUAAUGUACAUUAAAAUUCAGCAUCGAAAGGUGGAUCCGUAAAUUACAUAUACUAGAUAGAUAGAUAAGAAAGUCUGUAACAAAACAUUUAUUUUAUGCCUUUUAUGCAACAUUUCAUUUUUAUACUGAUCUUUUAAUGUGAUCUGGAUAUUUUGUAAUCAGCCUUAAAAGGCAUGUUUGUAAAUUUUUUAUAGUUGUUAAUCACAAUUUGUACACUUUUAAUUAUCUUAAAUAUAUUUAUUUCAUGGUUGGUUCUUAAAUUUGUUAUCGAUCUUCCCAUAUGAAG